AUGAUAAGGCAACUUAACUUUGGAGUAUUGGCAAGAUCGCCUGUAGGAGUUGAAGGCAGAAACAAAAUAAACUCAUUUUACUUAUUUGUUAGAGGGAAGAAAAAUUUGAAAGGCAAACGAGGAAGUUUGUCCAAAGCUGCCAAAGCUGCAAAAGCUUUAAAGAAAGCAAUGGAAAAGGAGAAAAAGUCAAAAAUGUCCAAAGAACAGAAAGAAAAUUAUAAGAAAGGUAAACGAAACCCAGACAGUGACAGCGAAUACAGUUACAGAAGCUUUGUAAGUGAUGGAGGCACACGUCACGUGAAACGAAGACGAAAACGCGACGAUGGAACUUACAGCGAUGAGCAUUCGUAUCACAGCAGUCAGGAUGAAGAUGGUGAGGCCAGACGUCGGCGGCGCCGUCGGGAUCGAGAACACGGCUCGGACAGCGCGCAUAGUUAUUACAGUGUUGUUAGUGCUGGUGGAACGCGACAUGUGCGACGCAAGAAACGUCACGCAGAUGGAACAUACAGUCGCAGCGAAUCGUACAGAAGCGGGCAAUCAGACAUAGAUGCUAAAGCCGACAACAGCGACGGCGGCAUGGACGGUGAGGAUGACGAUGACGGCGAGGAUUCUGAUGUGAGUAUCUUCAGCGUGGUCAGUGAGGGUGGAACCCGCACACAUGUCCAGAAGAAGAGGAUAAGAGACGCGGAUGGCAAUGUAAUAGGAUACGGAGAAGCAAAACCGGUAAAAGGCGGUUCAGAGGCUGGUCGUCGAGGUAAAGCAAAAUUUAUAAUAAAAAUGAAGGUUGAAUAUUUUAUCUUGCAAGUGAAUCUUAACACCCUGUGGUUAAUUUUAAAAGUGUUUGUGUUUUCAAGAUUACACUAGGGCUUUAGAAUCCUACAUGAUUCUAUACAUUAUUUAAAGAUAUGCAUUUAUACAAUCUACGCAGCUACAAACCGUAAUACAUUGUAAAGAGUUUAUUUAAGUAAAGAAUGAAACAUCAGUAUAUUAAAACAGCGUUUAACCUAAUAUAAUUUGUUUACCAUUCAGGUUCACGAAGGUAAAUACAUUGCUUUGUAAUUAAACCAUACCAUUCACAUAACUAAUACUUUGUAAUGUUGUCUAUCUAUGAACAUUUGUGAACUUUUAACAGCAGUACCGACCUGUUUUACCUGUUAUUCUAACAACCGUUAGUUCCACCAUGUCUUAUAAUACUUUUUGUGUGAAGAAACAAUAUGUAGUUUGUGACUAACAGCAUUUUUAUGAAAGAACAAAAGUUCAAUCUAAGAUUGUAUAUCAAAAAAAUAUUAUUUCACCGGUUGAAGGUGCGGAUGGAAAUGUCUGGCUUGAUGGUAACUGUUCAGGCAGUAACGUGGCUCUGCUGAGUAAAUUCUAAAACGGUUUCCUGAGAGUCAGAUUUUUUCAUCCGCAUUUUCAUCUAGUGGUAAAAAAAGCUUUUCAUAUUACAAUAGCGUGUACAUUUACGCAUUCAUUUUUUAUUUACAAUACGACAGCCACUUUGCACCUAGGGGUGUAAGACGAGUUUUGUUCCAGUAGAAUCAAAAACGCAGGAAAAUCCAGUCUAGCAUGCAAAAAAUAAAUAAUAUUUUCGACAAAA